AUGUCUGUCUCCACGCAUCCUGCUAUCCCGCCUGUGGCGCUAGAUACUAUCACCCAACACAUUGGCAAUACCCCCCUCGUCCGAUUAAAUCGCCUGCCCCGCAGUCUAGGCAUCGAUGCCACCGUCUAUGCUAAGCUGGAGUACUUCAAUGCGGGUGGCUCUGUCAAGGACCGCAUUGCCUUGCGUAUGAUUGAAGAGGCCGAGCGUGAGGGUCGUAUCAAGCCAGGUGAUACCCUGAUUGAGCCUACCAGCGGUAACACUGGUAUUGGUCUGGCUCUGGUUGGCGCUGUCAAGGGUUAUAAAACUAUCAUUACUCUCCCCGAGAAGAUGUCCGCGGAGAAGGUCUCUGUCUUGCGAGCAUUGAAUGCUACUAUUAUCCGAACCCCCAACGAGGCUGCCUUCGACUCCCCCGAGUCCCAUAUUGGAGUGGCUAGACGCCUGGAGAAGGAGUUGCCAAAUGCUCACAUCUUGGACCAAUACGUGAACGUGAACAACCCAUUGGCCCAUGAGCUUGGCACUGCACAGGAGAUUUGGACUCAGACUAAGGGUCAGAUCAACGCUAUUGUGGCUGGUGCAGGAACCGGUGGUACUAUCACAGGUAUUGCUCGCGGUCUCAAGAAGCACAACCCUAACAUUGAGGUUGUCGCUGCUGAUCCUUUCGGCUCUAUCCUGGCCUUGCCUACUUCGCUGAACGAUUCUCGGGUUAACGAGCCCUACAAGGUGGAGGGUAUUGGUUAUGACUUCAUUCCCGAUGUACUGGACCAAAAGAUUGUCGAUCGUUGGUACAAGACUGAGGACAAGGAGUCAUUCCAGUACUCUCGUCGUUUGAUUGCUGAGGAAGGUCUCUUGGUCGGUGGUAGCAGUGGAAGUGCCAUUGCAGCUUUGGUGAAAGCCAAUGAGGAGAAGAAAUUCUCCAAGGACGAUGUCGUUGUCGUUGUCCUCCCAGACAGCAUCCGAAGCUACUUGACAAAGUUUGCUGACGAUGACUGGCUCGCGGCCAACAACCUUCUCCCAGCCCUUCCUGUCGACACCACCACGGAACAAACACCAGUUCCAUCUGACCCCUUGGCUGGUGCGAAGGUCAGUGCUCUUCGCUUGAAGCCAAUCACCACCGUGCCCUCGACCUUCUCCUGUGAAGCCGCCAUUGAGAUCAUGCGCGAGAAGGGCUUCGAUCAGCUCCCCGUUCUCGCCUCUUCAGGCCGCAAACUCGUGGGUCUUCUCACUUUGGGUAACGUCCUGAGCCGACUUACCCAUGGCCGCGUUUCUGGAAAGACCCCUGUCUCCGAGGUGAUGUUUGAUUUCUCCAAGAUUUCCGAGGUUGUGACCGACCCCCGCGACGGCGCAAGUACCCUACGAGCCCAGCCCAGACGUCGCCAAUUCACCGAGAUCACCAUGGAUACUCCUCUCAGCGUUUUGAACCGCUUCUUUGAGUGGAACAGUGCCGCUGUUGUCACUGAGAAGGAUGAGCAUGGUGCCAUGAAGCCUCUGGCUGUGGUCACUAAGGUGGAUUUGCUCACCUGGAUGCUGCACCAUGGCAAGGCCAACGGUGCUUAG